AUGGGGAACACGCUUUCAUACAAGACUUCCGAAUGUGAAGUCCAACUCCCAGGGCCCAAGGGUAAGGUCAAAGGGCUACAAUUCGACAGCAAAGCACGCCGGUUUGCAAAUGUUGCAUACGCUCUUCCUCCCACCGGUGAUCGAAGAUGGCGUAAACCGCAGCCAUUACCCGAGUCAUAUUCGUAUUCAACAUCAGAGGGAGGGCCUUUCGACGGCACGACAUUCGGCCAGGUCUGCAUCCAGCCUAACUAUUCAGCUUCUGUGAAGAAGAAUAUUUCGCAGCAUGAAUACGGAGAGGAUUGUCUCCGGCUGAACAUCUGGACGCCUGUGCCAAAGUGUGAAGGAAAGCAAGACAUCAAAUGGCCAGUCAUAGUCUGGUUCCAUGGAGGCUGGUUUCAAAUGGGUGACCCCAGUCAUGAAGCUUCCAUGGAUCCUACCGAACUCAUUUCCACUGGCGGACUGAAUGCCGUCUUUGUGGCGGUGGGCUAUCGACUUAAUGUCUUCGGCUUUCUAGCUGGAGCACCAUUACACGAUGAGAGCCCAGACGGAGCUGUGGGAAACUACGGGCUCUGGGACCAAAGGCUUGCAAUGGACUGGGUGUAUGAUAAUAUCAGUGAAUUCGGCGGUGAUCCUGGGAAUAUAACGCUCUCGGGUAGGAGUGCAGGUGCUUAUGCCGUGCAGGUCCAAACACUGUAUGAUUUCCGAGGAAAUCUUCCUGAACCUUCCAGGAACCGGUUCAGGAGGUUGAUCAUGUAUUCAAACGCGAUUCCUACUCAGCCUAAAAUGCCCGAGGAGUGUCAACCGCAAUUUGAUGAGCUUUGCGACUACUUUGGUAUCCCUUCGACGAGCCCUGGCUCUGAAAAGCUGAAGCUCUUGCGUGAUCUCAGUGCAAAGGAGCUAAGUGAUGCUAUCAUGAAACUCAAACAUCACACCUUUCGGCCGGUAACUGAUGGUGUUUUCAUUCAUCCGAGUCUAUUCGCGUACUACCGAGACGGCUCUUUCGCGCGCGAAUUCAAACGGCGCGGUCUACGAAUCUUCAUCGGCGAAGUCCUCAAUGAAGAAACAUUAUACGCUGUGACUAACGGGCCUGAUGCGAGCCUCGAGUCCCUGGAAACACAAAUAUCAAAUUACUAUUCGCCUUCAACGACCUCACGCCUACUGAAGCAUUACCCAUUACCGUCUUCCUGCCAGAAACAAGACUGGGAGGCGGUGUUCGGUCGGAUCAUAUCAGACGGACAGGUACGAGCACCUUCACGAUUCCUCAUCAACAAUCUUCUUGAGAACGGCGUCGACGUUCAUGAUGUCUGGCGGUAUAUCAUCGCAUAUCGACUCUCUUUCAUCACGGAAAAGGUAGCUCCUGCUUCGUUUGGCGUUAGUCAUGCCAUGGAUAAACCAUUCUGGAACUAUUCUAUCAUGCAUGGACCAACCCCUGCAGAGCACCAACUCAUGCAUGGGUGGAUCCGGGACUUGGUAGCUUUUGUUAACGAGUCGGAUCAUACCUAUGGCACUGAGAAGGCGGAUGAGGUUAAGGUCGCUACCCCUGAGGGUCGUAUAGAGGUCCAGAACGAUUCGAGAUGGUCCGAGGUACUGGGUCUGAUGGAAGUGUUUGCGGGGUCUGGUUGA